UCCUCUCUCUCGUUCUUUUCUUUAGCUGAUAUCAAACUGAUCCCAGGUGAAGAACCAAUUGUGGUGAAAAACUAAGUAGAACAAACCCAGAACACUCUUUUCUCUCCAAACGGUCAAAAACUAAGUAGUGUGAUUAUCACAUCUCAUAAAAGCACAACCAAAUCGCAAAAAACCAAAAACCUUUACUCGGUAGUCACAAGAUCAAGAAGUUCAAGAACAAGCAACCCAAUUGAUUGUGCUGUUUCCGUUGUCAACCAGCAAUUUCCAACUCGUUCAAGAAAUGGCGGAGGUACUCAUCAGCCUCCUUGUUGAACGAUUGGGUUCAGUUGUUUACCACCACACAAGUGAAGGGGUGAAAUUGGUUUUGAAAGCAAAGAAGGACGUUGACAAGUUCAGAAGCACCCUCAAAGUUAUCCAGAAUGUGCUUCACGACGCUGAGAAGAAGCAAGUGUCGGAUCCCGCUGUGAGAGACUGGUUGGAUCAGCUCAAAGACGUGUCGUACAAGAUGGAUGACGUGCUAGAUGGUUGGAACACUAAAAUUGGGAAACGAGAAACACAAGGUUCUCAUGUGGAGGUACGUUUCUCAUUUCGUUCCAAUUGCUUUUGUCUUGCCAGAUUGAAUGCGGUAGCUCGUUGUUAUAAGAUUGGUAGUGCAAUAAAAGAUCUGAAUGAAGAGUUAACUCAGAUUUACGUUGACAAAAACAAGUUUAGCUUUCAAUCCACCAUGCCUGUUGCUGCUGUAGUCAAUGUUGCACAAUAUAAUCCCCGACCUAUAACUUCAUCUUUUGUCGAUGUAUCGACCAUAAUUGGGCGCAAAGUUGAAAAAGAGAGGUUGGUGAGUGAGUUGUUGAGGGAGGGGAGGUCCGGCCUUGUCAUCCCCAUUGUAGGGAUGGGAGGAUUGGGGAAAACAAGUUUUACCCAAUUAGUCUUUAAGGAUGCACAAGUUCAAGCCCAUUUUGAUAUCAAAGCAUGGGUUUGUGUCUCAGAUCCUUUUGAUGUCAUCAAGAUUGCAAAAGAAAUCCUUGAACUUGUCAGUGGAAUAAAAUCUCAAGACAGUUCAUAUGUGUUGGAAAAAUUAUUAGAAAGCAUCCAGGAAUGUAUCAAGGAUAAAAAAAUUCUCCUUGUCCUAGAUGAUGUGUGGACUCAAAACCAAACAGAGUGGGAGACGUUGAGUUUACCACUGCUAGUGCAAACCUGUUCUGAAGGCAGUAGAAUUCUGGUGACCACUCGAAAGCAGGAGGUUGCUCAAAUGAUGAGAGCAACAAGUGACAUGAUCACUUUGGGGAAGUUGAGUCGUUUAGAUUCUUUGGAACUAUUCUAUAGUGUUGCAUUUCUGCAUAGGGAACAAGAUAAGUCCAACAAGGGGUUUGCAGAUAUUGCUGAGAAAAUUGUUGGAAAAUGUGACGGUUUGCCUCUUGUUCUAAAGACUUUAGGUAGUCUCCUAUUGCAUAAGCAGACAAUCAGAGAAUGGGAAGAAGUUCUCAACAGUGAGAUAUGGAAGGUAAAAGUGGUUCAAGAAGAAGUUUUUCGACCAUUAUUACUCAGUUAUUAUGAUUUGGCUCCAGAAAUUAAGAGUUGCCUUAUGUAUUGUGCUACUUAUCCCAAAGAUUUUGAGUUCGACAAAGAAAUUCUUAUCGAGCAGUGGAUGUCACAAGGCUAUCUGAAUGUUGGAGAAAACAAAGAAGAGGCAACACAAGGUAGAGAAGUUUUUACCAAGUUAGUAAUGCGAUGUUUCUUCCAAGAUUUUAGGCAAAAUGCACUUACCAAGGAAAUUAUAGGCUGCAAAAUGCAUGAUAUUGUGCAUGAUUUUGUACAAUAUCUUACCGAGAAUGAGUGUCUUACUAUAAAGGCUAAGGGUACCCAUGGAAUAGAGACAUCGAGUGCAAAUGAUAGGGUUCGCCAUUUGACCUUAAUGUUAGCACAUGAUGGUCCAUUUCCAUCUUUUAUAUCAAAAUUAGCGAAUAGCAAAAUUUUGCGUACCCUGAAAACUUUUGGUUCAAGAUUUACUGCCAUAGACUCAGAUUUGAUUUCACAAUUGAAACGUCUAAGGACUUCGAAAUUGAGUAACAACAUCAUCGAGCAGUUGCCAAAGGAGAUUGGUAAUUUGAUACAUUUGAGAUAUCUUGAUUUGUCUCUUAAUCGUUAUUUAGAGAGAUUGCCCGAUACCGUGUGUAACUUGUAUAAUCUGCAAACUUUGAACCUUGAUAAGUGCGCCAGACUUGAAGAGUUGCCCGACAAUAUGGGGAAGUUGAUUAACUUGAAGCACCUUCAUGUUUGUUAUUGUGAUUCGCUUCGGUACUUGCCAAAAGGGAUUGGGAGUAUAAGGAGUUUGCGAACACUAGACGGGGAGGCUUCUGUUUAUUGUAGUGAAGAAGUCGAAGUAUUGACAUUAGGGGAUCUGAGAAUGAUGAAUCAACUUCGCCGUCUUGACAUCGGUAUUCCAGAGGUUGGGGAAAAUGCUGCAAGUGAGGCUGAGAAAGCAGAACUGAAUCAAAAAGUUCAUCUUUCUUAUUUAAAACUUAAUUGUCUAUGGGACCAACGCGACAACGACGCAAAUGCUGGAGUAAUGAAUGCCUUGCGACCACAUGAAAAUUUGGACUGUUUGGUAAUUGAUGGGUAUAAGGGCUCCGCCUGGCCCAAUUGGAUGACGACGUCGUAUUUAACCAGAUUAACAGUCUUUCAUCUUUGUCACAGCAAGUCCUCUGUUUUGCCUCCUCUCGGGAAGCUGCCGUCCCUUAAAGUAGUGAAGCUAAAGUACUUGGAUCGUCUAAAAAAGAUUGGAGCUGAAUUUUUCGGAGUAGAAGAAGAAACAUCAUCAUCCUUCCCAAGUUUGGAAACACUCUUUCUUGGCUGCUUGCCGAGUUUAGAAAAGUGGGAAUUAGGUGGAAAGUAUUCUUCUAAUUCCAAAAUGAAAUCAAUUUCAAUAGUGCCACGCCUUUCUUCCUUGCAUAUUGUGCAGUGUCCUAAACUGAAACAACUGCCAGACUUCCUCAUGCAAAAUGCACCAGUGCAGAAUCUUCUCAUCGAUUGUUAUAAGAGCUUUGGCAGCCUUUCUAAUGAGUUCAUCUCUCGCAUCCCAAACGUCACAAUUAUUCCCUCCAUACAUGGAGUUGAUCCCUUUUUCAAAGGAAGAACAAUAGAUACUGAAGAUAUACUAUUCUGAUAAUCGCUAGUCGUGACGUACUGACGUUACUUAUAGUCGAUCAAGUUAAAGAUUUCAAGCACCUUAUUGGAGGCUGUUCAAACCUGCCUCAAGUUUGCGGUGGCGCCUAGAUUGCCCAAGACAUGAUGACACUUGGGUAGGAUCAGACUCUAUUUGUAUGCAUCAUUCUGGAUAAGAGUUUUAGACUUUUGGUAGCUUUAAGCAUAACUGACUCAGAAUCACAAUGAACCUUGAAGUUGUCCAACUGAUUGAUAAGGUUCUGCAAAUGGAGCAAAGGUAGCAGAGCAACUAAGGAGGAUUGUUGAGCUGUGAUACACCACUCGGGAAACUUGUCUUGCAUUGAGGCAUCCACUGAUUGAUGUGCUUUUGAUGGUUCUGCCUAUAUUAUAGGAAGAGAAAACAGAUCUACUAAAGACCUGCUCCUUGAAGAUUCUCAUGGCUACCUCUUAAAAGUGAGAAACACUUACCUAGAGGAGUAUGGGUGCUCAAGCAUGGGUGUUUCACCCCCCAUUCACCAUUGGAUUUUUUCUUUGCUAUUGGCUUCUGGCCCAUUUUGGUGGCUUCGGUUCCUUCUCGGAUUGAGUCUCUCUGGUGGAGAAGAGAAAGUUAGUGUGUGGGUUUGGCUCAAUUAAUCGUCUCAUUACAUUGGUUUUCGACUGGAUUUGUAUUUUGAGAUUGUACUGGCAGCGGUUAUUCGGAUUUUAUCUCCUCGAUAUGGCACUUUUCGCGACCUUUUGGCUUCGGACAGUGGCGGCGGUGCGGAUGGCUUGGGCGGCAGCUGUUGUAUUGUAGGAGAUGACUUAAACCUAAAAAUUCACUCUUUUAGCCUAUCUAUGUGGAUUUAGAUUUAGUAAUAAUUUUCCUUGUUAGGUUUGUUUGUAUUUGGGCCUUGUUUUGGACUCUUGUCAUUGGGUCCAUACCUUUGGUUAUUAUUAAUGAAUGAUUU